UUACUUAUAAGUAUAAAAAGUCCGAGUGCGAACUAGGGGGAGAAAUAAAGCUGUCCUCAAAAAAACCACUGGAUUACACUUGUUGCGAUGGACGAAUGCUCAUUUCCACGACUCAGAUGAUGCAGGGAGCUCGAGCACUCAAGGCGAAAAUCCAGCGACGCGGGACGCGCCUUGCUUGAGGUGUCUUCGUCAUGGCGCUCUUUAGCCCGACAUUCAUAAUCGGCCUCUUUAUCGUUAUUUACCUCUGCUCCUUUGUCGUCUUCGCUGUACUCCGUAUAGUUAGUGGUGUAUCUAUACAGCGGAUCGGGUACUUCUCGCUCCGACGAUUGGCUUAUACCCCGAAAGAUGGCAUCAAAAUCGAGAUCCGUGGCCUCGGCCUCAAUUUACACCGACCGACAUUUUCCCAGCCGACUUGGCUCAGCAUCGUCGUAAACGAAUUCGUCGUCACUCUCGAUCUAAAGGAGUUGGAGGGGCAAAAACAGCUGGGUGCUGAUUCCAGUGAGAGCGAGGGCGAAGAUGGGAACAAACAAGGACUACAACCUGACAAGGCGAGGCCUCGCCCCAAGAACCCGCACUCUAAGCGGUCCACUUACGAGGCUGCUCGGAGCGCUACAUGGGAACAGCUUACAAAAAUCAAGGAGAGGAUAAAGAAGUUACACCGUAAUGUUCGUUGGCUUCGUCUGGUCGAUGUCGUAGCUACCGACUCGGCGGUCAAUAUCGUGGAUGUUGGAAAAAUACAACUUGGUAGCUUCACGAUCGCCCUAGAUACUCGAAAUCGCAUGGUCGACCGCGCACGUUUCUUCUUCCAGACCAGAUCCAAUCUCCACCGCCAACAACACUCAGCAGAAUGGAUUAUUACACUACGCAGCGUUUUGUUCACGGCUAAAGGGUGCGAGGCCAUCGAGGUUUUGGAUAGUGCUACGCUGAAUAUUCACGGAUUUCUCUAUGAAAAUUUGGAUGGACUCCGAGAUGCAGCAAUUGCUCUGAAAUUGGGCAGAGUACAUAUUCCUUACGACGACGUCCGAAGCUGUGUUGAGCGUUACCAGAAAUCCAAGCGACAAUCACCCACCACGUAUACGCAGGUCGAGUCAAUCGAGGUGUCGGUCGAUAAGGUCAUACAAGAAAUGGAGAGUCCUGGUAGUACUGAUCAGGAGUUGAUGCAAACGGUAUCCGAUUCCAAAGAGUUUGUAAGCUCUAUUCUUCGAGGAAUCAAGGAGGUCCAAUUUGCAGUGAGCUUCGUCAGUUUUUCUAAGAAGGUGAAUGCUGUUAAAUCAGCUGGUUCGUCGUUAGUCUUGAAUGCUUCUAUGAAAGAAGUUGGUAUCGACCUACAUCGCUUGGAUCCUAAGUCCGCAGCGCAUCGCAUGUACUUCCCCUCGAAAGAUAUCGCACACGAAGCUCUCGCCGCAGCGCUCUCUAUAUCCGUUGGGUUGGACGAUGGUAGUGGUAAGCCAGAAAGGGUUGUCUACAUUCCCAUGGCCACCACAACGGUGAAGACUACUUUACCCUCGAAAACCGUAGAACUGUCUGAUGCCGGAAGCGCUGAGGAACGAAAUGCCAACAUCCUCUUCGCAAAUUCCGUCGUCACCUCACCUUCAGUCGAUUUGGAUCCAAAGCAUCUCCCGGUACUUCUUGCUCUCCUCCAGCCCCGACCAAAGGCGCCGAAAGCACGUGUACAGCAAAGACAUAUGCUCAUUUCUCGUCUUCUACCUAAAGCUAAUAUCAAAUUCUCUAUGCACGAACCAGUUAUCAGGAUAGCUCUACCUCCAGUAGAGAAAACCAAUGAUCCGGACGAUUUUGAUCUGAUUAUUUCUUCCAUCUCAUCAAUUUCGCUUGACCUUGAGUCUUUCCAUUCUGCGGUCGAAGAACUGCAUUACUCAUUAGUCUCGUCAGUACGACUUCAAACACAUCGUCUUUAUUAUCAGACAACUCAAGGUAGUCGGUUCGACCUGAUGGACACGGAAUCGUUUGACUUGAAGAUAUCACUUUCGGCAACUCCGGAUGUCCACGUUAUUGCCAAUGGCCAUCUUCAGACCUUCGCGAUUCGGAUGACCCGCCCAGAGAUUACAAAGGGGUUGCGUCAAAUAAUCCGCCAGCUCAAGUUGGACGUUGAACCUGAUAAACGAUCAGGAUCAAAGGCGCAAAGAUCGCAGAACGCUGUUCGCGCUUUGCCACAGUGGCUCCUUCAUUUUCAAGUACAGGUUGAGGACUUUAGUGUCGAAGUUACUGGGGUUGACGAUGAUUUCCCUAAGAAUACUCGUGGUGUCGUGCUGCAGAUGGAAUCGUGGUCCGCCGAAUAUCGAGCUCAUAGGUUAGAUACGCUGCGGAAUCGGCCGACUUCGAGAAGGCGAGCGGCUAGUCGAUCAUUCCUACCUGAUGCAGAUCUGUUAAGCUCAAUUGCCGUGCCACCAUCCCCACGGAAAAGACAACAGAAUGAUGGCGAUGGACGAAGACUUACUAUCCAUACUCGCGGUCUAGAGGCUUUCAUAGUAGAAGCACCCGAGAAGUGGGAGCUUGAGCCUUUUGUUCAGAUACCUAAAUACGAGGUUUCUCUGUCGACGCAUACCGACGCCCAGGGCCCGAUAUUACAUGUUCACUCCCAUAUGAGGACCCUUCUCGUUCACUAUUCGCUUUAUCGGCAUUAUUCGGUAGGAAUCGCUGUCAUGGUCUUACGGAAAGCAUUUGUGAGGGGACCGGGAUCUCAUCGUCCUGCACCGCCGACUAGUCCAAAGACAGGAUAUCUCAGCCCUCCAUUAGUAUCGCCAGACUCUCCCGUCGCCGAUCAAAUGGAGAAUGCGUCUCGAAAUUCCAAGGAGCUGGUCUCAUUUGAUAUCAAAGCCGCCCUAGUUCAGAUUAAGGCUGAAAUGCCUGCUGAUCCCCCGUUGAUGAUACAAAUCUACGACAUAGAAGCUGGCCGACACAGAUGGUCGCCUCCAUUUUUCUUCGCAAAAUUGGUGCGCUUAUAUGCGGGUGCGCCUCGGAUGCGGGGGGUUUGGGCGCGUGUAGCCAGCAUCAAGACGUUCCGCCUAGAUUAUCGGCAGUCACGCAGGAAGAUGUCAACCGGAGUGUUUCAAAACGAUAAAAUGUUCGAUAUCGUGACAGAUGCAAUGCGGAUAGCAGUACCUCAUGAGCUUAUCAUCAACAAAAUAUCGGACAAUAUCAUAAAUGUCUUCAAAGCCAGCCAGCAGCUUCAUCAUCGUUUCAAGACAGGUACGAACGAGUACAUCUUGGAUAAGGCACCGGAAGGCCCGAAGAACGUCCCAAAGAUUUCUCUAAGGACGCGCACACUUUUAUUUGAACUCGAGGACGGUGCUUUCGAAUGGAAAUUGGGUAUGAUCUACAGGGCCGGGCGGGUUGAACAAUUACAACGGCUCGCUCGCGAGGAAGCUUACCGAGUUAAAGUGAAGAAAAUUCACGAGGAACAACUGGAGUCGAAUAGAGUUCGCAAUCGGUCCGUGAUGACUAGAGGAAGAACAACUACUUCGCAUACCUCAUGGGGACGCAGCAAAAGCGAAGAUGGCCUCUCAAAAUUCGGUCGGAACGAGCGUUCCUCUAGCGAACUCCCUAGGAAUAGGAACCCACGAUAUGAUCCGGAAGCAAUUCGCGGUAUGAGUGGUAGGGCACACAUUUCAAUCCAGGACGCUAAAAUCAGGCUUCAUGAGCACAACGCGCACAGUUGGAAGAAGCGUAUCGAUCGGCAUUAUUUAAUGGCGAGGAAUGGGAUGAAAGAACUGCGUGGUUUGUUUUGGGGUUCGGAUCACCUUCCCGACGAUGUCCAGGAUAAUGAAAAAAUACUCGAAGUGCCGCAGCGACCAGCGUUAAUGGGUACAGUCAUAACAGACUUACAUGUGAUGAUUGACAAACCAUCAUUCCCAAUCCAUGAGCUGCCAGAUUUCCUACAUAAAGUCGGAAAGGGAAUGCCGAAAGACAUGAAGUAUUCUCUCCUCGUACCUAUGAAUGUCCAAAUUAGUAUGGGCGAGGCCAGAGUCAGCCUUCGCGAUUAUCCUCUACCCUUACUCCAUGUCCCCGCUAUUAAGUCCGGCCAGUCAUCGAAAUUACCAGCUUUGUUCCUCAAGACGGAUUUUGUUAUUGCAGAAGAAUUCCGUGGCAACGACUCAACUCGCAAAAUUCCAGUCAGAAUCACGCCUCCAAACCAGGUGCCAGGUUCGCCAAAUGGAAGUUUCGCUAUCGAUGUUCGCCGCACGAUUGGCCCAGUAAAGUCAUAUUCAGACAUGCAUGUUGACAUUAAUACUGCAUACCCUACCAGAAUUACAUGGGGCCCUUCGUAUCAGCCGGCUAUUCAAGAUAUGAUGAUGGUUAUAGAGUCAUUCACGAAACCACAGUUAGAUCCUUCGGAACGUGUAGGAUUUUGGGACAAGAUUAGACUCAACUUCCAUUCUCGGGUUCGAGUCGCGUGGAAAGGAGGCGGUGACGUCCAUCUUGCUCUCAAAGGUACUAGAGAUCCCUACAACGUUACUAGUAACGGAGCUGGAUUCCUUAUGUGUUGGCGCAACGAUGUUCGAUGGAAUGUUCAUUCCGAAGACGAUCCCAAGAGGUUUAUGACUGUUGAUAGUGGCGAAUAUGUACUUGCGGUACCAGAUUAUAGUCACCAAGUCAUAGAAGCAUCACGUCGUCUUGGAGAAGAGGAUAGCGUGGCAAGCGAGGAUAGCUUCAAAUCCGGUGCAUCAUUCAAAAAAGUCGUCAUGAAACUAUCUGGAAAUGUUCAAUGGAUGGCGGGACUCGUCUUCGAACGCGCUAUUGAAAAUGGAGAUAGAAACUUCACUUUCAAGCCGCAUUACGAGGUCGUCCUAAAAUCCCCACAACACGCCAAACCACCAAAUGACGCUCUCCCAUACGAUGCUUUCCGCGGCUUCAGAAGUCAACACAUACAUCUCUCUAUCGCAGUCAGGGCGCCGGUCGACCGCGAUUGGACGUCAUCGGAAGUUCAGUCUUCAAAGAGUUACAACACUGUACAUUUGACUCCUCGAUUCUUUACCCACUUUUUCGCUUGGUGGUCUCUGUUUAGCGGCCCAAUGUCGCUUCCUAUUCGCCAAGGCUCUCUCUGGCCCGGGAGAGAGAAAAAUAGUAAGAAAUUUGGAAGGCAUCUUGGAACAAUCAAAUACAAUCUGCUCUUAGCCCCCCUAUUCCUCAGUCACAUUUACAAACACAAAGAUGUCGAAGAUUAUUCCGAAAGCUCAGUAUCUGCUACUGGUAUUAAAGUUAGAUUUGACAGCUUUAUGCUUGAUAUUCAUCAGCGUCGAGAAGAGUUCAAUACCCGAGAUCGAGGUCACAAGACCAACGGCAGAACAACUGGCAUGAAAAUUCAUGCGGCCCAGCUCGAUCUCGUUUCCGCAGACGUUCGUGCCGUUUCUGCUAGUAUCAGAGGCACAACUACUGAGGCAAUAAAAAAGAACUCGGUUUCGACUCUGAUAACGCAGCAGGAAGAUGACGCCGCUAAUCUCUCUCACUUCACUAUUCCUGAUAACGAUUUCAGUUGGAUUGAUAUGGAUGAUUUUGUUGAGCUCGAUUGGAUUUUGCCAUCGGAACCAAAUCCCGACACGAAGAUCCUACCCUUAGCGUACGCCCCUCGUGUAACCUACUUCAGGCAGACCGAUAUUGGUGGCACUAUAGAUGGGGAUCCGGAUCGUACGAGUCCUUUCGGCCAAGAGCCUACACAUCUCUGCAUAAUGAGCCAGGAUGACGACCCCAGAAGGGUACAAUACCAACUAAUCCAGUCUCGUAUCGAGCAACUGGACAAGCAGAUAGCCACCAAUACACGCAAUGUUGGUGAUGCUGAACUCCGCAUGAUUCGCAGCGACGGCCAAGAUCCUGAGAUCAAAGCCGAGUUCGAUCAACUUAGUAGACACGCCAUUGUCCUUAAAGAAAAGCUCGCGUUCAUGGAGAACAUGCUACAACAAGUAGCCUUCAAGACAUCGACCAAUGGACAAAAUAGCUCAGAAGACUCUGAAGCGACGAGCCAUGAAUCAAGAGAGCGGAUUGACACAGGCGAUGGCGAUGUCAAAGUACCGUCGGGCACAGAAUUUGCAAGCGACUUUAAGAAUCGGUUUGUUGUCCACAACAUGCAGCUCAAGUGGAACAACCUUCUACGAAACAUCAUUCUCCGAUAUAGUCACCAAGUAAGCCAAAGGCGUGGUUUUGUCUACUAUCUAUCACGACCUGCUGUCAAAUUCAUACUGGAUAUUGUUGAAGAACAGACCAGAGCAAAGCAAAACAACAAAUCCGCCAAUACGCCUAACAAUGAGACCCACCACUCUUCGGCAGCCAAUAGCAAUAGGCAAUCUAGCGAUACUAAUCCAGACAUCGAAUACCGUAUCAAACAAAUCCUGAGAGACGGCAGAAAAUAUGUCGACGCCGAUGGAUAUUCCGUAUCUGAAGGACACGCCAAUACGAAUAUGGAAGACAUCACAAGCGGUAUCGCGGAAGAAUUCGCUCCUCAAAACUCCUACCAUGUCCGCUUAAUCGCGCCACAAAUCCAGCUUCAAAGUGAUAAGAAUAAGAAACACGCUGUUCUGAUUACUGGAAAGGGCAUGGAACUCAAGGUCGUCGAAGUCAUGGAGAAGGCUAGACUGUCUGAUACGGUCAGUGGAUUGGUCCAACGACGUUUCUUCCUUCGAAUGGACAGUGCCCAGUUUUUCGUGACCCAUCAAAAGUGGUUCACUGGUCAACUACUGUCUAUGUAUUCAGGGAAUACAUAUGGAACGCCUGCAGGUUCAUCGUGGCCGCCUUGGGUCCCCAUGGAGGUUAUGUAUGACUUUCAGUCAGAUCCUUUCGGCUUUAAACGGGUUGUCCAGAAGACGUCCGCGAUGCUGAGAUACGACAAGUUCAAUACUCUGCGACUGAAGUAUAACGACGAGGUUAACACAGAAGCCAACCCUUUGGCGUCAGAGAGUACCGAGAGCAGAAUGGAUAACCUCUGGGUAGAAUUUCCUCAAGCUAGGGCUCUUUGCAACUCGUCGCAAUACUAUGCGAUAUACGUCAUUGUACUUGACCUUCUCAUGUACAGUGAACCGCUAGAGAAGACGAGAAGCGAACGACUAGAGAAAAUCAUAUUGGCGUCUGACUUCAGCAACCUCAAGGGAACUCCAGAGAUGGUGACCAGAUUGCAAGAACGUAUCCGACAACUCGAAGAUAUCAAGGCGCACUUUCAAAUCCAUUCCAAAUACCUAGACAGGAAAGGAUGGGAAGAUAGACUACUCCUGGAACGUGACCUCGCAGCCUGCGAAGAUGAGCUCUUCUUUAUGAUGAAAGCUAUCACCACGUCACAGCGAAAGUACGACAACGCAGCACAGAGUAACGCUUUGCUAAGAUGGACCAUUUCUGCAAGAGAGAUUGUUUGGCAUCUUAUCCGAGACAACAAUGAACCUCUUGUCGAGCUACAAUUGAGAGAUGUCGAAUACGAUCGUACCGACAAUUCGGAUGGUUCCCAUAUCAAUUUGAUGCAAGUAGGCAAGAUACUAGGCUUGAAUCUCAUGCCGGAUGCGAUCUACCCGGAAAUGGUCGCACCUUACUUUGAGGACGAAAAAGUGGCCCAGGCCGGCUUAGAUGGCAAGCAAAUGAUACGCGUUUACUGGCACAUGCUGGAAGCUAUUGCAGGAAUACCUGUUAUGGAUCACUUCGAGGUGAAUCUGUUCCCCAUGAGGAUUCAACUGGAACGCGAAGUGGGUAAGAAACUCUUCGAAUACAUCUUCCCUGGGAUGGAUGGGGGAGAUAAGGCCGGCACACAGUCCGAUUCCCCAUUCAUACUUAGGUCUACCGUUCCUGGCGAAGCUGAGGAUGAGGAUGUACAAGAUGACUCAGUUUCCACCUCUAGUAGACUUGGUACUGCAGCAUCCGACAAGGAACCUCAGUUUUCAACGCGACCAGGAUCUUUGGAGCUACGUUUGAGGCCGACUUUGACCUUAGACUCGCGACAACCCGAUGACAAUUACCAGAAGCCUAAAGCUAUUAGUGUCCAUUCAGGUGACGGUAGUAGUGUUUUCCGGCUUUUUGGACCUAAGACGGCAAACAAGAAGCGGUCAUACGAAUCACUGCAAUCUGCUAGCGCUUCUCAGCAGAAAAUGGGAAUCGGACGGUCUUCAACAGUUGCUUCUACUGGUAGCGACAACAAGAAGAGCGGUCGCUUCGGUCUUUCUCGGAAAUCCGGUAACUCCGAGGAUAAGCCUUCGGACGAUCUGACAAAGAUGAUGGCACGGGCCUCCAAUUACAUGACUUUCGCAUACAUAAAAAUGCCAUCGGUCGUUCUCUGUCUUAGUUACAAGGGUAGAGGCGAUCGAAAUAUCGAAGAUGUUCACGAUUUUGUUUUCCGGUUGCCGACGAUUGAAUACCGCAACAAGACCUGGUCCAAUCUCGACUUAGCCCUAGCUCUCAAAUCUCGUGUGAUCAAGGCCUUGAUCUCUCACACAGGAGCCAUUAUCGGUAAUAAGCUAAGCAAGCACAGACCCAACACAGCUCAGCAGAGCAAGUUACGCGAAUUAGCUACCAGCAGCGUCCUAUUAGCAACGCCGAGCGUGUCCAAUAGUGGUGGCGACAAUAGUGAUGAUUCGUCCAGCAUAUAUGGAACAAGCCCCGUUGAUUAUUCCCGAUCUCCGCCGAGGAGUAUUAGAAGCUCUCACUCGCACAUCCCGGUACCGCAGCGAUCCAAUAGCCGUAGCUCGAGCGUUGCCUCGUCUCGUUCGUAUAGGGGCUCAGUGCGCGAGGGUUCCGACAACCAUCGAGGUACACCACCCUUACCAUCGUUCGUUAAAAUGACGCCGCCGACACCGAUAGAUCGUACGCCUGCGGCGCUAGGAGUUGAUAUGGCGCCUCGGCCGAAAACCAGCGCUAGUAUGGCUUCUUUCAGUGCGAACUCUCUGAGUCCAUUCCGGACAACGACCAAUAUCAGUAGCGCGUAUACCGACGAGAGAGAAAGGCGAAAAUCAACUGGCCCAGGCUUCCUCAAGGGCAAGUUCAACGCCCUAACGAGUCGGCUGCGAGAUCGAGAGAGUAACGACAGUAAAUACCUGCGCGAUGAUGACCCUGAGGACGAAGAAGACAAUAGAUGACCAUAUGGUGAAAUGAAUUUUGGUUUGGCGAGUCGAUCGAAACAGUCAACCAUACGAAUAAAUUAUAAUUGAUAAUGCCUUUCUGAGUCGGAAUGGCUCACAUACUUUUGUGUAUUAUACUUGAU